AUGGGCAAAUCGAACGACGGUCGUGGGAACACCACGACGGGCCUUAACACGGCGUCACCUUCCUUUUCGGAGAUCCCGUUAGACGGCGCCGUGCCCCGCACCGAAGGAAUCUGCGAGAGUCAACCCCUUCAGAUCGAUGUAGAGGUGCUUGGCCGUCAACGGCCCGCCAUCUUCAAGACGAGAUGGGCCGAGCUUGGGUUUUGCUUCUCCCUAUUGGGUUCCAUAUUCAUGGGCGAAUACUUCGUUAGUGGAUUCCACAUCGUGCUUCCCCCAUUGGCCGCCGCUCUGGAAAUCCCUAAAAACUCCCAAACAUGGCCAUCCAGCGUUUUCUCCCUCGUCACCGGCGCAUGUCUGCUCCCGCUAGGCCGCGUCGGUGAUAUGUACGGCGGCGACGUCCUCUACACCGGCGGCAUGGCAUGGUUCUUCCUCUGGUCCCUCGUCGCGGGCUUCAGCAACAACUACACCCAGCUCGUCGUCUUCCGCGCCAUGCAGGGUCUCGGCUGCGCCGCCUGCCUUCCCGCCGGCAUCAUGCUCCUCGGUAAAAUCUACCGCCCGGGCCCCCGGAAGAACCUGGUCUUCGGAAUUUACGGCGCUUCCGCCCCGAUUGGCUUCUUCUUCGGCAUCCUCUUCGGAGGAGCUGCGGGGCAGUAUCUUACCUGGAGGUGGUACUUUUGGCUGGGCGCCAUCUUCCUCGCUGUUGUGUGCGCCAUAUCCUUCCUCACCGUGCCUCGAGAUAAGCGCGACAAGAACGGUCCCGAGAUUAAGAUGGAUUGGCCGGGGGCGCUGACCAUCGUUCCGGGUCUUGUUCUGUUCGUUUAUGCGUUGACGGAUAGCUCUUCUGCACCGAAGGGCUGGGCAUCUCCGCACAUCAUCGCUACUUUUGUCAUUGGUGUCGUCUUGCUUUGUUUGGCCGUCUACAUUCAAGGAUGGGUUUCCAAGAACCCGCUCUUGCCGGCGGCCCUUUUCUCACCCAAGGAUAUGAAGCCGCUCGUGUUUGCCUUGUUUCUUUCGUACGGUUCCUUCGGUGUCUUCCUCCUGUACUCAAGCUUCUACAUCGAACUUGUCAUGCACCAAUCUCCCAUAAUAACGGCAGUAUGGUACAUCCCCAUGGUCCUCGGCGGCUUAACCAUCGGCAUGUCGGCCGGUUUCACUCUGCAUCUGCUCCCCGGCCGCAUUCUCCUUAUCAUCGCAGGCACAGCUCUCACAAUCUGCCCUCUCCUCUUCGCCAUCAUGCCCGAAGGAGUCGGGUACUGGCCCUACGUCUUCCCCUCCAUGAUCGCAUGCACAGUAGGCAUCGACAUCACCUACACAGUCACCAACGUCUUCAUCACCACGAACCUACCCGCACGAUAUCAAGGCCUCGCUGGCGCCAUCAUCAACAGCGUCGUCUUCUUGGGAAUCAGCUUCUUCCUCGGUAUCGCCGAUAUUGGUGUCGGUGCCACCAGCCACUUGGGCUUGAGGAAGAGCUACAAGACCGGGUUCUGGAUCGCCGUUGGGCUUGCCGGCGUGGCGACUUGCUUUUUCGCGUGCAUGAAGAUUGGACAUGCGAAGAGCGACCUGACGCUCGAGGAGAAGGCUCAGCUCGAGGAGGAGUUGAUGAGGCAGCGGGAGCUGGCGGCGCAGGGUGGGCUCGAGUCUGCGCGCGAAUCCCGGUCGGUGCUUGGAUCGGGGACGGCGAUGGCGGUGGCGGCGGAGGGGGCACCGGCGUCUGAUUCGCAAGCGGAGAAGUCAGGUUGA